GCCCGCAUUUCCCCUCUGCCCAUCCCAGCUGUGCAGACUUCUGUGCGAAGACACAGGCGAAGCGAAGAACGAGCAACCAUGUCUGCCCUGAGCAAGCGUCAGCAGGCGCGCAACGAGCGGACGCUGCAGGAUCUGAUCACCUCCGUGCCCGGCAACGAUAGGUGUGCCGACUGCCAGGCCAGGAAUCCAGGAUGGGGAAGUUGGAAUCUGGGGAUAUUCCUGUGCAUGCGCUGCGCAACAUUGCACCGUAAACUUGGCACCCACAUUUCCAAGGUCAAGUCUCUGACCAUGGACAGCUGGACGGCAGAGCAGGUUGAGACCAUGAAAAAGAACGGGAACGUAGCUGUCAACAGGAUAUACAACCCGCGGAACAUCAAACCCUCCAUCCCCGUCGACAUUGACGAGGUCGACUCGGUCAUGGAGCGCUUUGUGCGCAAAAAGUACGAGCUUAGAGCCCUCGAGGAUGGUAAACCGAAGCCGCCCAGCAGACAGGACCCGAGCUACACUUCAAGGCCUGCCGCCGACCUCUCUUUGCCUUCUCCUUCCUCCCCGCCUUAUGCUGCGGCUACUCUGCCUUCCAAGCCCAAGUCGAGGUUCGCCUUUGGUCUGCGCUCGCUGUCUUCCUCUCACUCGUCCUCGCCAAGUUCAAGCAGGUCCGCCACUGUAACCCUCCCUUCCCUACGCCGGAGAGAGAGUCUCGAGACCUCACACGUUCAUUCCGUUCCUCUACCGAAUAACAAACAGUCUAUGACACUGGGAGUUAGCAUUGCAGAUCGUAAUGGCUCCCUGGAGUCGAAGCUCGAGAAACUACGGGAAAUGGGCUUCAUGGACGAGAAAAGGAACAUGACCGUUCUCAAGGGGCUGAACGGUGAUGUAGAACGCUGCAUAGAUACGCUGACCAGGCUUGGAGAGAAGUCGUCGAUAGGUGGACCACGGUCUCCUACCUCUCCAACCGGUACACAGAGCGGCUAUAGGACCUCCUCGGGCUCGACAGACAUGUUCACCCCUCCGUCUAGCUCUUCGAAUCCGUUUGAUAAGCCGCCAACGAGCGUGGCUGCUGCUCCUCCUAAUGGGAACGUAGGGAUAUCAAUCAACAGAUCGGCUACUGGGGGUAACACUCCGACAGAACAGAAGCCGGUCUCCCAUAACCCAUUCGACGCCCUAGACCAGUCAUUCCAGAACCUUCAGGUUUCCUCCCAACCCUUAUUCCCCAACAUGACGGGCGGUUAUCCAAGCCAGCAGGCCAACUUACAGCUGUCCAGAGCUCAGCAGACCAUGACACCUCCUGUUCCAUCGAUCCCCCAUCAGCACCAGUUCCUACAACUGCAACAUCAACAACAGCAACUACAGCAGCAGGGCUAUGGCUCAGUAGCUCAGUCGCCUAUGCACGGACACUAUAACCCGUUCAUGUCGCACUCUACGCCGGCAACACCGUAUGCUGGAACUCCCACCCAACCGCUGUCACCUACAAACCCUUUCUUCACGCAGCCACAGCCGCAGCCGCAGCAAAAUGGGCUUCAGCAAGGAAACACUUCACCAUUCACCCUCCAGCACCAUAAUACCAUGCCAGCCCUCUCUCCUCCAUACAUGUACCAACAGCCCCAGCAGCCUCAACAGCCUCAACAGCAGCAGCAGCAGCAGCAGCAACCAAUCUAUCCCAUGCAACAACAGCCUGCUACUGCUAUGCCUGCAUACCAACAGCUCAAGCAACAACAGCCCCAGCAGCCAAACAGGAUUGAUAAAUCCAGCAUCCUUGCACUCUACAAUUUCUCUCAACCUCCUCCUACCAUCCCCGAACAACCACAACCACAACCACAACAGCAGCAACAGACCCAGCAACAACCUCAACUAUCGCACCUACAAACAAAUACCCCAUUCUCCGCAAACCCAUACCAGACCGCCACCAAUGCAAGCCCGAUGAUCCAGUCCGCCCCUGCAACCGCCACAGGCACAUACGCGAAUCACAAUCCCUUCUUCACGCCUACCAAUGCAGCUCCUAGCCAGCCAGCCAGCUUCGUCCCUACGGCACCAACUCAAUCACAGGGCCCUGCACCUCUCGCACCGGCACCGAAUAACAUGGGCUUUUCACGAACCCACGUCAGCCAGGAAUCCAUCGAUAUCAGACAGGCUCACAGUGGCCGCCACAGCCCUGAUAUCUUCACCAGUUUAAGCGCCAGAUAUUAAGCACUCCCCUUUCAAGCGUACCGUACAUACAUUAAAUUCAUUGCAUACAUAUAUCCAUACAUAAACCAUUGAAUUGCCAGCGAUACCACGAAAACAGAAAAAGAAAACCGCAUUGAUAUAUAGCCUGUUUGUCAGUCGGCAAGCAACACUUGAAUUCCCAUUCGAAAAAAAAGAUCAUCGUUACCUUCCGCCUGUCUCGUUGCCUUUAUGCAUUUUUGCCCCUUUCUGCCUGAUAAUGAAAUGAGCUUGCGGGUCCGUCUCUUGACUCUCUUCUAAUCUCUUCCUAGCCUACCUUUUCUUCCGGGGGCUACUUAUCUGAUACCAUUCUCUCUUCUUGUUCUCAUAUGUUCGUUUACUUCCUUCUAACACCAUCGCACACACUGCAAUGCAUAAGUGGAUGGAUGAUGGGACCCGGCACCUU